AGAAUUUCUCCGCCUGCAACUCGCCUGGCGUCUUGACUGCAAUGGUUCUGCAGAAGGAAGUCCCCAAAGUCCACAUAUUCAGCACCAGGGCAGGAGAUGUGAUUCUUCGCCCUGAUCUGAACUGCUACCUGCUCCUCUCCGGUUUGCCGACCUCGCCCUGCGCUGAGCUCUGGCCCUUGCACCCUUCCCUGCGCGGCAGCGAACACUAUUUCAGCUCCCGUUGGCACAACACCAUCUACGUCAUCCGGGACAACAAACUCCUGGAAACCCCAAACCUUCACACCGAGCCCAGCAGAGAGCCCCGUCGCCUGCACCCCAGCUGCUGCGCUGGGCAACAUUAUUUCGUUGUUUCUGGUGGCUCCUUUGGCAUAAUCUUAAGCCCGGGCACCAUGACGGCAGUCAAGGACUUGACCACAGGGGAACCAGAUCCAGACACACAGCCAGGACACCAUCAGUGGUCCAAUGAGAAGAUGGGAAGCCAUCGCAGUUACCUCUACUGGCAGCUGUGGGAUAACUUCAGCGGAGAAAUCUUCUCUUUCCACCCCAGCGUCCUCAACUUCUUGCCGGGAGGUCUCGGCCUCAGCAAAGGGGACGCAUUCAAGGCCUGGGAGCUGCUGAACAUUUUCCACAACUACUCCGACAUCCCUGUCUCCAGGUUACAGGAAGUGUCCCGGAAAGUGGGCUGCGCCACAGAAAAGCUGGCUGAUGUUGGGCGCAGCUGGGUGGCAGCGGCCCUGCCAGAUUCUCCUGAGCCAGGCUCCGUCGCCAUGGCGCUGGCCAAGGCUCAGUUUGCAUUACCGACCGAAUAUGGCGGGGUGGGCCUGAACACAGAGCAGGAGGAAUGGGGGGAAGCCCGUGAGGUGGAGACAACCCUGACGUUCACACUACAGCCCGAAGAUGUUGCCUAUGUGUGGCAGUAUCAGCUAGGGCUAGGGAAGGAGGUCAUCUUGUUUUGCAGGGAUGUUGAGGUCACUCUUGGCUGCGACCCGCCCACUAAGGUCCCCCUGCCUUCUUCAUCCUAAAUAACAGCUGGCUCCAGCUCUCCAUUGCUUUCCACCCUUUCGCCCUUAGAUGUAUUUCUGUACACUACCAACUGAUAAAUGCUGAAAUCAACAAACAAACCAGGGGUGGGGGGACCUGUGGCCUUUGCAAUGUUAGUAGAUACCAAAUCCCAUCAACCCCAGCCAGUGGUCAAGACUGAUGGGUGUUGCAGUCCAGCAACAUCUAGAAGGCAAAAGGUU